CGGCGGUGGCAGGAGAGGCUGAGGGUUAGCUCGGGGACAUUCCGAGGCCUGGCCCCGCCCCCUCGGGGACGCCCCCGCGCGGCAACACCUCGGGGCGGGGCGCGGAGAGGGAGGGCGGCGGGGCGCGGAGCUGCGCGGCCGGCCACUCGGGGCUCCGCGGCGCAGGGCGAAGGCCCAGUGUCUAGCGCCCUGGCUAUGUGUAGCUCUGAGGAGGCAGACCUGCUUCGGCUGGAGGAGGUCUUCUCAACUACUCUGGCUCGCACCAACAGUCUUAUCCUCCAGCCCCUGAUCUUAGGUGACCUGGAGCCCUCAGACUCGUGCGACAGAGAGUGCCUUCGGCUUUUGCAGCAACUGCAUGAAAGCGCUCAGCGGUUGUGGGAGGUGACAGAGCAGAGCCUGCGUUCACUGCGGCAGAGACUGUACCACCCACCUUCCAUAGGUCUGGAGGCCCUGCUGUUACUGAGAAAUGCUGACUAUGUCCUGCAGGCCCACAUGGAGUACAUCAAGUCCUACACUGACUGCGUGGUGGUGCAAGCCUUCCAGAGGGUCUCAAAGAGGAGAAGUGAGUACUGGAGGAGCCAGCGGAAGGCCCUGCGGCAGCUGUUGUCCUGUGUGAGCCCCGAGGGCUCUGUGGGCACCACGAUGUGCCAGGCCCUCCACCAGCCUCUCGCCCAGCACGUGCAGAAAUAUGUACUCCUCCUGCUGAGCCUCAGGGACACCCUUGACAAGUGCCACCCAGCCCAGGAGCUGGUGAUGCAUGCUGUCACCCUGUUUGGGAACCUGCAGUCCUUCAUGAGGCAGGCCUUGGACCAAGCUGUGGCCACCCAGGCCCUGUGGCACAGCCUCAGCAGUCGGCUGAGGGAUGUGCUCUGUAGUCCUACACACCGACUCCUGCAGGAUAGCCAGGACAUCCCUGUGGGGGUCACCCCGCUGCGGGCUGAGCGUGUGCUGCUCUUUGAUGAUGCCCUCGUCCUGUUACAGGGCCACAAUGUCCACACUUUUGACCUGAAGUUAGUAUGGGUGGAGCCUGGCCCAGACAAGUGUGUGCUUCACAUCCUCACCCCUGAAGAAGAGUUCUCGUUGUGCACCAGAGACCCCCAGGGCCAGGUUCUCUGGCAGUGGAAGGUGACCCAGGCUGUGUGCCAGGCCCUGCGUGGCAAGAAGGACUUCCCUGUGCUGGGGUCAGGCCGGGAGCCAUCUGUACCCCCUGACUGUCGCUGUGUGGCCUAUACCUUCCGCCAUGAGGGCCGGCUGUGCCAGGCUACCUAUGAGGGCGAGUGGUGUCGGGCCAAGCCCCACGGCAAGGGAACCCUGAGGUGGCCAAAUGGACGGAACCACGUGGGGCAUUUCUACCAGGGCCUGGAGCAUGGCUUCGGCAUCUGCCUGGUGCCCCAGGCCUCUGAGGACAAGUUUGACUGUUACAAGUGCCACUGGCAGGAAGGCACCAUGUGUGGCUACGGCAUCUGUGAGUAUGGCACUGAUGAGGUGUACAAGGGCUAUUUCCAAGCCGGCCAGCGGCAUGGAUUUGGCGUCCUCGACAGUGCCCCACAAGCCUCCCAGCCCUUCAGGUACACAGGCCACUGGGAGAGAGGCCAGAGGAGUGGCUAUGGCAUUGAGGACGACCGUGAUAGGGGUGAGCGCUACAUUGGCAUGUGGCUGGCCGACCAGCGUCAUGGCCCUGGGGUCGUGGUUACCCAGGCAGGCGCCUGCUAUCAGGGCACAUUCCAAGGGGACAAGAUAGCCGGCCCAGGCAUCCUGCUCUGUGAGGACGACUCUCUGUAUGAAGGUACUUUCACCAGGGACCUGACGCUCCUAGGGAAGGGCAAGGUCACCUUCCCCAACGGUUUCACCUUGGACGGUUCUUUCAGCAGUGGGACAGAUAAAGGGCUGUACACACAGGGAGUGCUGGACACGGCUGCCCUCCCGCCCGACCCACGCAGUACUCGAAAGAGACAGCUGGGAGUGGGUGCCUUCCCUGUGGAGAGCCGCUGGCAGGGAGUCUACAGCCCCUUCCGGGCCUUCGUGCGUUCAGGCUGUCCCGGGGAACUGCAGGAAGCCCUGUUGGGAUUCCACGUGCAGAGCUCCAGGGAGCUACGCAAGUCCCAGGAGUACCUGUGCUGCGAAAGGAGCCACCCCGAGGACUGUGCGGGCAGCAUGGAAGAUAUCCUGCAGGAGCUGCUGCUGCACCGAGAGCCCAAGGCCCUGCAGCAGUACCUCAGGAAGGCUCUGAGCAAUUCCCGACACCCCCUGGGGAAGUUACUCCAGACCCUGAUGCUGACCUUCCAGGCCACAUAUUCAGGCAUAGGGGCCAACAAACACCUGCAGGGCAUGGCCCAGGAGGAGGCGAAGCAACACGCCCAGGAGCUUUGGGCUGCCUACAGGGGUCUGCUGAAGGUUGCCUUACAGCGCCAGGGCCAGACCCUGGAGGAAGAGGACAUAGAGACAAGGGACACGCAGGUGCACGGGCUGCUGUUGCCCCUCCUCCUGCCCAACUUCUACUCGGAGCUCUUCACACUCUACCUGCUUCUCCACGAGAGAGAGGAUGGACUGUACAGCCAGGGCAUCGCCAACCUCAGCCUGUUUCCCGACACCAAGCUGCUGGAGUUCCUGGACGUGCAGAAGCAUCUAUGGCCCCUCAAGGACCUCAAGCUGACAAGCAAUCAGAGAUAUUCUCUGGUCCGGGACAAGUGUUUCCUGUCAGCCAUUGAGUGUCUGCAGAAGAUCAUUACCACAGUGGACCCUCGGGAGAAGCUGGAGGUGCUCGAGAAGACCUAUGGGGAAAUUGAGGCCACGGUGUCACGGGUGCUCGGCAGGGAACACAAGCUGCCCAUGGACGACCUUCUGCCGCUGCUUAUCUACGUGGUGUCUCGAGCUCGAAUUCAGCAUCUGGGAGCUGAGAUCCACCUGAUCCGUGACAUGAUGGACCCCAUCCACACAGGCGGCCUCCAUGACUUCCUUCUCACAGCUUUAGAGUCCUGUUAUGAGCACAUCCAGAAGGAAGACAUGAGACUGCACCGCCUGCCUGGCCACUGGGACUCUAGAGAACUCUGGUGACACGGCCGCUCUGGACCAUGUGUGGUGCUAGGGGCUACGUGGCUGCCGUGGACUUCUGUGGAGCAGGCGCUACCUACCUGUUCCCCACUGCCCGGGUCAAGGCAGGCUGUGGAGAUGGUUCUCAAAGGAGAUGCAAUUUUGCUUCCUGCAGAGACACACCUAGCUGCUGCAGCGCGACCCUAGAGCUCGGCCGGAGGUCCCAGGGGCUGAUGGUCUUUAACAUUCCUUCAGUCCGGUUCACUGAACUCAGCUUCCCCGAGAUCUGGCUUCACUCAGCUCCUUGGAGGGAAAUGGAAAUUCUCACGUUACUGUUCAUCUCAUUUCUGUUUCCCUCCUCCUGACAAGAAGGUCCUAAGCUGCACAAGGCUCUGUUUGUUCAGUUCCCUUUCCCAUGGGUAUCUCCCUGGGAUCCUGUUUCCUCCAGCUGGGCUUGAGCUGGCCUCUCAGGAGGACCCCGUGGCAGGAAAACCUCAGGUCCAUGCCGAGCUGCCCGGCUGCCUCUGGCAGGCCCUGCCCUUUGCAAAGGCAUGGGAUAUAAACACCAGCUGUCCUUCACCUGGCCUCUCGUGCCAGUGGAAUGCAGGUGGCCCAUAAAUGACAUACCUGAGACACUUACGGCCUCUCUGUGGGAGGGACAGCAGGGAGAUUUGUGGCUUGCUAGUACUUAGGACCAUAAGUGAGUCCUGUCACAGUGCUGGGCUCUGGGCUAUUCCAGGGACACCUCCCCCCAAUUCAGCCUGUGUGGGAAGGGCCAGGGGAGACAAAGCUGUACACCCAAGGCCAGGCUGAGGCCAAUGGAAGCCUCAGAGAGAGGCACCUUCAGAGCCUCUCAGAAAGCAUGGAGCACUAUGUGAGGCGAGCUGAUGGUUCUCCUACACUGCCACCUACAGAGAAAACAGAAAGCUUCCUGUGCCUCGAUCCACCAAAUGUUUCAUCACAAACACAAAGCCUGAGCUUGAGUUCUACCAGGAACUUGUGUUCCCGGGAGUGUCCUUCGUAGGGUCAAACUGACGGAGCUCCUACCCCCAAAGAUAGCCCUAAGUGGCUGUGACACAGGUCAACUGUGACAAAACCCUGCCACCCACCCUCCUGCUCCCAACACUAACUGAACUUGGGCCUCUGGUCCUUGUGGGUCUACAGGGUUUCUGUAGCAUCCUGGUGGGUUCCAGGAGCAGCCAGGGCUAUAGCACACCCUUAAGACAAAAUCCACAUGUGAGGAGAGAAGCAGGAAGGAAGCCGACUGACAGCAGAAAUGAGUGACAGCCAGCUGCCUGCAUUUGGUGCUUCAGGAGGCUCAGUGAUGGCCUCUCCCAGACGGAGUCUCUCAUAGGUGAUAGCUGUCCAGCCUAGAACACCUCCCAUUUUUGACCUGCGAGUCACGCAAGAGGGCAGUACCCUAACUGCCUAGAUAUAAGAGCAUCAAGAAAUAAGAGCAUCAGCGGGCCAGAUGUCACUCUGCCUCACUCCACCUCACUUUGCAGCUUCCCGGAAGGUAGGCCUGGAGUCAGGAGGAAAGACUGAAAGAUGAGAAGUGGUUAAGCCUCUUCUUCCAUCUACCCUGGGCCCUUUCACCCUCCCUCCUCCCCUGCCUCAUAAUGUUGUUUUUUUUCUCCCUACUCUUCUGGAGCAUAGCCACAAUAGCAAUCUACUUAUUUAUUCAGGAUUUUUAAUAAAUGCAUUUCAUCCUUG